CGCACUGGGAAUAGCACGAUUUCUCGUUUCGAUCCCAUUUCUCCCCUCACGAGACAAGCACAAGCUCCUCCUCUCUCCCAAAACCACCACUCCGAGUUGCCGACCACCAAAACCCCACUUGGCCUCUCUCUCGCGGCGUAGCGCCGCCGCCGCCUCCUCCUCUCUCGGCGCGAUCGAGAAUGUUCUACUCGCACCAGCUCCUCGCGCGGAAGGCGCCGCUCGGCCAGAUAUGGAUGGCGGCGACGCUCCACUCGAAGAUCAACCGCAAGCGGCUCGACAAACUCGACAUCAUCAAAAUCUGUGAGGAGAUUUUGAACCCGUCGGUGCCCAUGGCUCUGAGGCUCUCUGGGAUCCUCAUGGGUGGCGUGGUGAUCGUGUACGAGAGGAAGGUGAAGCUUCUGUAUGGUAAUUUAUUUCCUCUAUUUGCUGGAUUUUUUUUACAAGUGCUCAUGCUUUUGCCAUCUCAAAUUAAAUGGGUGUUUCCUUUUGUCGCAGAUGAUGUGUCUCGGUUUCUGAUUGAGAUCAACGGGGCAUGGCGGAUCAAACAGGCCACGGACCCCACCGUCCUCCCCAAGGGUAACGUCCAAGCUAAGUACGAAGCAGUAACACUUCCAGAGAAACUUAUGAAUAUGGAGGUGGAACAGCCCAUGAUUUUCUCAGAGGCUGAUGCUACCAGGUUCCGGGGAAUGCGAUUGGAUGAUUUGGACGAACAGUAUGUUAAUGUCAACCUAGAUGAUGAUGACUUCUCUCGUGCCGAGCAUCAUCACCAAGCUGAGGCUGUGAAUAUCACCCUGGUCGAUAAUUUCGAGUCUGGGCUUGCAGAAACUGAUGUGUUCAACCGUUUUGAGAGAUUUGACAUAGCAGAUGAUGAGACCACAGUCAAUAUCAGUCCUGAUGGACACCCACAGGUUCCAAGUAUGCUGGUUCCCUCUCCUCCUAGGCAGGAAGACCCUCCUCAGCAAGAAGAGCCGUAUUAUGCUGCCCCAUCCCCUGUUCAAGAAGAACCUCACCAAGAGGGGCAAGAGGAACAGAAGGUGAAGCAACAGCAACCACCUAAAGCAUCAAAGCGGAAAGCACAUAGGAAACUCCCCCAGGUGAUUAUGGAUAAUGAUCAGAUAAUGAUCCCAGGAAAUAUGUAUCAGACAUGGCUGAAGGACACAUCUAACCUUGUCUCAAAAAGGCGUAAAGUUAACACCAAUUAUGGUUUUAUUCGAUCAACCAAGAUAAGUGAUCUCAUGAACAUGCCCCCGGUUGCUCUAAUAUCUUACUGGGGCAAGUCACCCUCAGAAUUAUAUUAUCCUAAGCCACUUAUGCAGCUGUGGAAGGAAUGCACUGAAGUCAACUCUGCAAAAGCUUCAUCUUCAGGCCAGCCAUCGUCAUCACAAGAAGAACAUCCGAGAAACUCGCCACCUCAUGAAUUUCCACCUCAGCCCGAAGGAGAAUAUGAGAUGGAAACAGGAGCUCACCCAAUGGACUUCACAGAUGGCCUCGAAAAACGCAGAGGAGACAUGAGUGCAGAGUAUGACAGAGCUUAUGAGACUUUGCUUAGUGACCAUAGUGUUACUCCUGGAGGUCCUGGGUUAAGUCGGAGGUCUGCUUCGAGCUCUGGUGGUUCUGGACGCGGGUUUAUACCAUUGGAUCCAGAAGUGCAAUUGCCAUCAGGAAGUGGAAGGUCCAAGAGGCAAUAUUCAUCUGGAAGAAGCUUGGGGAAUCUUGAUCCAGUUGAUGAAGACUUUCCACUGGAGCAAGAAGUGAGGGGCUUCAAGAUGAGAAGGCUUUCAGAUUUUGGGCCAACUCCUGACCUUCUGGAAGAAACACCGACUCAAACCCCAUACGAGAAGCGCUCUGAUCCUAUCGACAAGGUCACAGAAUCAAUCCAGUCGCACCUCAAACUACACUUUGAUGCCCCAGGUGCCCUGCAAUCUGAAUCACUAAGUCUGCUAGCUUCUGGGAUGACCACAGCCAGGGCAGCUCGAUUAUUCUAUCAAAUGACCGUUUUGGCAACUUCUGAUUACAUCAAGGUUACACAGCUGGAACCAUACGGGGACAUCUUGAUCUCCAGGGGAGCAAAGAUGUGAAUGUGACUUGGUGCUGAGAGUCGGGAACAGUUUUGCUGCCGAGGUUCUUGCAGUGCAUACAUCCGUGUUGAUAUUAUAAUUUAUACAGCGCUUACAUUUUGCACAGGAGGUCUGUUAGGUCAUAUUAUUGUUUCUGCUGAAGAGAGUGAUAGGAAGCAAGUUAUAAGGCAGUAGACUUGUGUUUUAAGUCAAAGGAAUGUUGAUAUUAGACGUUUGAUAGGAAAGCGAGUUAUUAUAUAGGAUUGAAGUCCCAUCACACACACACACACACACACACAGAGAGAGAGAGAGAGAGAGAGAGAGAGAGAGAGAGAGAGAGAGAGAGAGAUGGAUUUACUGCGCUACGGCUACACAUUAGAUUUCGUCUAUAUUGUAUGUACGGUUCAGGAUAGUUUAUGUGUACCUGAUCUUACCACUUUACCUUUUCAAAAUAUGAUUAUGCAUGUAACGAAUCUGAAUGCAUAUUGUCAAGGAGGUAUUAUCGACCUGAUACUCA